AUGGCAGAGGCCCUUGGAAUCGCUUCGUCCGUUACCGCCCUCAUUCAAAACACUAUUGUUGUAAUCAACUAUCUAAAGGACGUAAAGAAUGCACCUAAAGAAUGUGACGAGCUCUUGACGGAGCUACGGUAUCUCGAGGUUGGUCUGUCCAGCAUAGGACAGCAGAUUCGGUCGUCGACCAAAGGCGACCCAUGGCUGGAGACAUUACAGCAAUUGCAGGAUCAUUUCAAGGAGCUUAUGGAGUUACUUGAUGAACUCAAGGCGAGACUGAAGGAUGGAUCAUCUCGGCUGAAACGGCUUAUGCGGAGGCUGGAUUGGACAAUCACUAAAAAGAGCGUGGAAGAGGAUUUGGGGAAGAUCGAGCGUCUCAAGUCCUUGAUCAUGGUUGCCGGACAGCAUGAUCAUCUUUUGGUGUACAGUAAAUUAUCUCUUGCGAUUCAGAAGAUGCUAGGUGAUAUCGAAGUUAAGGUUUGGGAAUCCUUGACAACCAAAGACAAGAACAGGCUGUUCCAAUUGCCGGGUGGCAAAAUCGUAAAUGCGGUGAUGUGGCUGAGCGCUUUGGAUUACAACACUGUUCGACACAACAAACUGAAACACUGGCAGUGCGCGAGCCACAUGGAAGAGUGGUUUUUUGAGUCCCCAGAGUUUCUAAGUUGGGUAGAUGUUGCCGUAGCGCCCUUCACUUUGUGGUGUGUUGGCGGUCCCGGUGUCGGUAAGACAAUCCUUGCCUCCAAUACCGUCGAGCGUUUAUGCGCGAAGUUCAAUAAGGAAGAUACACUUGUCUUGUGUAUCUUUUGCGACUAUAACAGCGCGGUGGACCAGACAGUAACCAACCUCAUGCGUAGUCUCUUGAAGCAGCUCGUCUACUGGCAAGCCCGCCUUAGCCUGACCGCCUCAAUUGAAUUCCUCUACGAUUGGUACUGUUAUGAUGAGACGCAGCCUUCACUUAAAGACUGCAUAAGCCUUCUUUUUGAGGAGUUGAAGUCAUACGACUGCGUCUACAUAGUCUUGGAUGCUUUGGAUGAACUCGACGACGACGGACGCCGGAAAGGGCUCAUUGAUGCCCUGAGGGCAUUAGGUAGCCAGAUUCGUCUCCUUGUGACUUCGAGAAACCUUGAUACGAUGCGGUCAUUGUUCGAGGCGGAUACGAAACUGGAGAUCCGAGCAAGUGAUACUGAUGUCGAAAAGUGUAUCAUGGCCGGGCUCAUGAAGGGAAAUCUUCUUACCUUUCUCUCUGAAAACAAGAAUCUGUACGAGAAGAUACUCAAGGCGGUUGUGGAGAAGGCGGAUGGCGUGUAG